AACUGAUUCAUGAGUAUUCUGCUAAUUAAGAAGUAUAUAUCAAGCCACUGGUUGAAUUUUUUUUCAGAAGAAAUUAAGGAGAGAAUGGAGAAGAAGGUUGAUUCCAGGUCUCUUAGGGAUGGUUCAAUUAAAAAGCCUUAUUCUCCAAAGGCACUAUCCAUCAAAAAGUCUUCUGCCUUCUCUGGGAUCCAGAGAGAGUUGCCUGGAACUAGUCGGCCAAUACAGUAUCAUGCCUCACAGUCUUGGACCCGACGGGGCCGCUUGAGAGAACUCCACAUCAGAUGUGUGACCAGAAAAUUCUUGUACUUGUGGAUUCGAAUGACUUUUGGAAGAGUAUUUCCCUCUAAAGCCAGGUUUUACUAUGAGCAGAGACUACUACGGAAAGUCUUUGAAGAAUGGAAAGAAGAGUGGUGGGUUUUGAAUCGAGAAUGGAAACUCUGUGUUCGAGCUGACUGUCACUACAGAUAUUACUUGUACAACCUAAUGUUCCAGUACUGGAAGAUCUAUGUGCAUCAGCAGCAGGAGAUGAAGAACAAGUACAUUAGAGCCUUGGAUCAUGAUGCAAAGCAAAAGAUGCGACAAGCCUGGAAGUCCUGGUUGAUCUAUGUGGUUGUUCGUAGGACCAAAUUGCAGAUGCAGACCACUGCUCUGGAGUUUAGGCAGCAGAGUAUCUUACGGGUGUGGUGGAGCAAGUGGAGAUGGCACCUAGGACAGGCCUACAUGAGCCAGGUUCUUCAUGCCACAGCUAUAAAGCACAGGGCCUUGUGCCUCCAGCUACAGACUUGGUCAAGAUGGCGGAAACAGCUUCUUCAUCGUCAGAGGGAGAGUCAGAAGAUGGUCUCUGCAGUGCGACACCAUCAGUGCUGGCAAAAACGAACAUCACUGAAGGCCUGGAUUGAAUACCUACUUAUGCGCAGAGUGAAGAGACAGCAGAACAAAAUGGCAGAGCAAUUCUACCAUGUCACUGUGCUCCAGAUAUACUUCUGUGACUGGCAGUGGGCCUGGGAGCAGAGGCAGAACUUGUAUGCCCACCAGGCCCUGGUGGAGGAACUGGCCAAGAGGAUGGCCCUGAGAAGGGCCUUCACACACUGGAAACACUACAUGCUGCUGUGUGCAGAAGAAGCUGCUCAGUGUGAAGCAGCAGAAGGGUACCACCGGCGCAGCCUGCUGUAUUUUUGCUUUAGAGCCUUAAAAGACAAUGUGACCUGUGCCCACCUCCAGCGAAUAAGAAGGAAUCUUGCUUACCGGCAGCAUGACAUCAUGCUGCUACGCAGAUUCUGGAACCUCUGGCAGUCUCAGAUUGAGCAAAAGGAGGAAAAAGAGCAGCAUUCCUUACUGCUUGCAGCCUGGGGUCACUACAGGGUAACAUUGCUGCGCAAGUAUAUAAAAUUAUGGUUACAGUAUAUGCAGAAGAAAAGAUACAAGCAGCUCCUGCAGGCCAGAGCAGACAGUCAUUUCCAAAAGAGAAUUCUGCCUACUCUCUUCCACACAUGGAGUAGACUCUGGAGACGGCACCAGCAGGAAAGUAUCCUCAACACAAGAGCAGCACGUUUUCACAGGGAGACAUUAGAGAAGCAAGUUUUUUCUAUCUGGUGGCAGAAGAUGUUUCAGCAUCGAGAAAACCGCUUGGCAGAGACAAUGGCCAUCCUCCAUGCAGAGCGACAGCUUCUGCAUAGGUCCUGGUCCACCUGGCACCAGCAGGCAGCAGCACAUCACCAAGAGCAAGAGUGGCAAGCAGUGGCCUGUGCCCACCACCACCAUGGACAACUGAGGAAUGUUUUCCACACAUGGAGGGAGAGUGCCCAAGGGCUCAGAAAAGAGAGGUUGGGCAGGGCACUGGCUGUGGAGUUCUACCGGGUACGGCUCCUGCGUUGGGCCUGGAACAGGUGGAGGGAGUGCCUGGCCCUGCGUGCCACUGAGCAGCAGAAGCUGAUGCAAGCAGACCUGCAUGGCCGGCGUGCUACCCUGCACAGGGCGCUGCAGAAGUGGCUGGCUUACCAGGGCAGAGUGCAGAGCAUCCUACAGGAGGUGGCAGCCAGGGAGAGCCAGCACAACAGGAAGCUGCUGGGGCGGGUGUUAUGUCGUUGGAGAGAGAACACAGUGGCCCGUGUGGAUGAGGCCAGAAAAGUCCUGCAAGCAAGUGCACACUACAGAAAGACCAUGUGUUCCAAGAUCCUGCUCCAGUGGCGGGAGGUAGCAUCAGUGCAAAUAUAUUACCGACAACAGGAGGCAGAUAUCCUCAGAGAGGCCCGGAAGGUGCUAGAUAAGGGAUACCUCCAAACCUGGUUUCAGAAAUGGCGGGAUUGCAGCCAGAGGGCAGCCCAGCAGAGAGCCCAGCUAGAGAGAGCAGCCCAGCAUCACCGACGGCAGCUGCUGUUAAAGGGGAUGGCGUGGUGGAAGGAGUACUAUCUGGGGUGUGUCAGGAAAAAGUUUUUGCAGAUGCAGGGCGCCCAGCUCCUGGUGCAGAGACUCAGCAAGGCCUGCUUCUGCUGGUGGAGACAGCAGCUGGUGGCCAGGAGACAGGAACAGCAAAGUACAGCACGAGCCCUAUGGUUCUGGUCCUUCUCCCUACAGGCAAAGACUUGGGCUGCAUGGCUGGGCUUUGUGCUGGAGAGGAGGAGGAAGAAGGUGCGACUAGAGCGGGCAGUACAGGCCUACCACCAGCAGCUCCUCCAAGAGGGUGCCACACGGCUCCUGCGUUUCACAGCCAGCAUGAAGGCCUCCCGGCAGCAGCUGCAAGCCCAGCAGCAGGUCCAGGCAGCUCACAGUCUUCACCGUGCAGUCUGCCACUGUGCUGAGCUCUGGAAACAGAAGGCCCUGGGCUCGGGCAAGGAGUCUCAGCCCCCUGUGCCCAUCAUAACCAGCAGGAGAGUGACUUUUGAGGGUUCCCCUCCUGAUCACAUUGCUAUUGGGGCUGGGGAUGCCUUCCUGGAGACGAAGAGACCGCCAACUCCUCAACCUCAGGGAGUCCUGGGCAGCCUACCGCUGGCUGUCAGGGAGCCCCACCUCCUGGAGCUCCAUACUGCCCGCUUGGGGAGGAAGCAACCCCGACGCCCACACUUCUUGCUGGAGCCCAUGCAGAGCCAGAGGUCUUGGGGGUGUGUCCCCCUCAGGGGGCAAGGGCCUGAGAAGCCUCAAGAACAGGGCCAAGAUGGGGCCCAGCCUGCACACCCUUCCCUGAUGAGGCCUUUCCUUCCUGGGGUCCUGCCUUGUGCCCCUUGCUCAAAGCUUCCCACUGUGGCAAGUCCCAGCCCAGAACAACUACUGCCUCCUUCCCCCUUCAUGCCCUAUCGGGUGGAAGCAUUGACCAGGGUGUUAAAACAGCCCACCAACACUGGGCUUAAGCCCCAGGGUCCCCCAUCUCUGGCCAGUGGCCCUGAUUCCCAUCUGCUCCUGCCUGAGGACUUCACAGGCAUCAAGGCUGGGCCUGGGCUUGGUUCUGGAAGUGUAGGCCACAACAACCUUGAGACUGAACUGGAGGGGAUCCAGCAGCAAUUACAGCACUACCAGAACACCAAACAGAACCUUUGGUCCUGCCAGCGACAAGCAAGUAGCCUGCGUAGGUGGCUGGAGCUGAGCCAGGAAGAGCCCAGGCCUGAGGACCAGGAUGAAGAGCAACGAGUGCAGAAAGAACUAGAAGAGAUAGAACUACAGAUCCAGCAGCUGGACAAGGAGCUCCAGGCCCAGCGCCAACACAUCAAUACCUGCGUUGAGCGCAUCCAGGCCCUGCGGCAGGCUCUGUGCUAGUGGGCUCACCUCAGGAAGACAGGAGCCCUGCUGCAGGGGAGGCCUCAAGCUGCCUCCAGGAACAAUGCAAAGCUACAAUGAGUUUUUAAGCUUUUUAUUUCAAAAUGUCUUGCAAUUAAAUGAAUUACUGUUCA